AUGAAGAAUCCUAUAACGAAAUGUUGCAGUGCUGGACAACGUCCUGGACCAAUCAAUACAAAUCUAUCACCAGAAUUUCAUGAAUCCGUUCAAUGUGAACACCACUCACCGCCAACUCCAACACCACAUAUUCCUUCAGUACCAAUUCAACGUAUUCGACCAGAGCGACACCAAGAACGACGUCAACAGCAACAACAAAAAACCUGCACAGUAGAUGAUUUCCCCCCUUCAUGUGAACUCUGUCAUAACACCCAUGAUUUACAACAUCAUAUUUGUCAAGAGAAUAUUGAGUAUUUACAGAAUCAAUUGUUAGAUAUGAAACAUCAACUGCAAUACUGUCAAGAGAGAGAGAAAACUAAAGAACAGUUAUUGGAAGAAAGUUACAACACAACGAGACAAUUACAAGAAAGCGUUACAAACUUGUUCCAACAGGUUGGAGAACGAGAAAAUUUGCUGCAUAAAUUAAGCUUGGAAGUGAAUAAAUUGAAAAAUAAACAUGAGGAAGUAAUUUCACAGCGCGAUUCAUUUCAAAACCAAACUAAAGAACUAGAAGAACGUUGUCAUGAUCUACACAAAAAGUGUGAGAAUAAUGCAAAUAACUUGACAACAAUGGUUAAGGAACGUGAUGAAUUAUUGGCAAAAUUGAAAUCAGAACGUGAGAAUAUCGAAAACAUCAGUGAAGAACGGAAAAGACAAGUACUUGUUUCUUAUAUUUAA